AUGUCUAUUAUUUCAAAUGACAGACUCAGUGAUGUUGUUUUAAGAGAAAGAAAGAUAAUAUCAAGAAAUGUUGAAAGUGGAAUUACUAAUACUGUUCUAUGUAUUUUGAUUAAACAACUUGGAGCUGUAGUUUCAUUCAGAAGGACUAAAAAGACUAAAAAUACAAUCAAGAUGAUGGUUCCAGAGGAUCUUACAAUUAUGGGAACAAUGAUGUAUCAAAAUGAUCUUAUUGAAAUGAGUGAUUUACUUAUUAGAGAAAUGGUAAAUGAGCAACCAAUCAAUCGUGAAAGAAUGAGUGACAAACAAUAUAAUAGAAGCAAAGAAUCAUGGAUUAACAAUGGACUAUUAUAUCUUUUAAAAAAGUGUGGAUAUAACUUUAUUAUUAGACAAACCAAAAAAGCUAAAUUAACUGAACGAUUUGUAAAGGUGUCAUCAAUCAGUUUUCCAAGUGGAGAAAUUAUUAAUGAGAAGAGACUUAUUGAGAUUGGAAUGAAGUUUGAACAGUUUAUUUCUAAUUCUUUUAAAAGAGAACAAGUAUUGAAAGUUGAUUCUUCACAAUUAUCAGCACUUCAUAUUCCAGAGAUAAAAGACAUAUUUGUUGAUCAACAACAUCUCUCUUAUGGUUGUUUCAAUAAACAACAAUCAACAACUAGAAGUAUUGUUGUUGAGUAUCAGCCAUUAUUUUAUACCCAAAACAUUGGAAUGCCAGUUGUUGUUUAUCCACUGAGAUAUGAUAAUUGUUAUUACUAAU